AAGCAGACAUAGCAAGUAGUACUAAAGAAAAUAAUCUAAAUGUACAAGAAAAUUACAACAUUAAAAGGGAAGGUAAUUCCAGUGAUACAACAUCCGUGAAUACAAAUAUUACAAAGAGAGAAUAUGUCCCAGUCCAAAAUGUAGAAGAAAAUGAAAUCAACAUUAAAAGGGAAAGUAAUUUCAGUCAUACAACAUCCGUGAAUACAAAUAUUACAAAGAGAGAAUUUGUCCCAGUCCAAAAUGUACAAGAAAAUGAAAUCAACAUUAAAAGGGAAAGUAAUUCCAGUCAUACAACAUCCGUGAAUACAAAUAUUACAAAGAGAGAAUUUGUCCCAGUCCAAAAUGUACAACAAAAUGAAAUCAACAUUAAAAGGGAAAGUAAUUCCAGUCAUACAACAUCCAUGAAUACAAAUAUGAUAAAGAGGGAAUAUGUCCCAGUCGAAAUAAUAGAAGAUACCAGAAAAGAAGAAUUCUUCAACAUGGAAGUACAUAAAAUAGAAAUUGAAAUAGAAAACUCAGAACUUUCCGAUAACAUUAACAAAGAAUUGUCAAAUACAGAAACACAAAGCUUCAAUAAGAUUGUCGCACCUGAUAAUAUUCAACCAAAUACGAAUAAUAAGCAACAACAAGAUAAGUCGUUAAUUGUAAAUGGUAACCGAAAUUCAAAGUCAAGUAUUAGAAUGCAAAUGUAUAGAAACCGCUACAAAUGUAAAAUAUGUGGUAAGACUUUUGAUCGACCUGGUGUUUUGAAAGGACAUAUUGCUAUACAUACUGGUAUAAAUCAGCUUUCAUGUGGUGUAUGUGGUAAGGCUUUCACUCAUUCUGGCGCAUUGAACCAACAUAUUAAAUCACAUACUGAUGAAAAGCCCUAUUCAUGUAAUGUAUGUUCUAAAAGUUUCAAGUACUCAAAUACAUUGAAGAAACAUAGUAAUAUACAUACUGGUGAAAAAAAGUUUACAUGUAAUACAUGUGGUAAGACUUUCACACAAUCUGGCGCAUUAACUUCUCAUAACAGAUUACAUACCGGUGAAAAGCCGUAUUCAUGUCGUUUAUGUGGUAGGAGCUUCACUCAAUCUGGCGCAUUGAACAUGCAUCUUCGAAUACAUACUGGCGAGAAGCUCUAUUCAUGUGAUGAAUGUGGUAAGAGUUUCAAACAGUCGUCGGCUUUAAAAGCACAUCAUAAAAUACACACUGGUGAAAAACCGUAUUCUUGUAAUACGUGUGGCAAAUCUUUCGUUCAUUCAUUUAAUUUGAAGACACAUAUUAAAGUACAUAGUAAUGAAAAGCCCUUUACAUGUAUUACAUGUGGUAAGAGCUAUAAAGAAUCUGAUAAAUUAAUGAAGCAUGUUAUUAAGGAAGGUCAUGUACCGUAACUGUCACAAUAUGGACAGACAUUAUGAUGAAGAUUAGCAAUAAAUAUAUCUUGAUAAAUUCAAUAUUAUUCACGUCUGAUUUUAGUAUUGUCUAAAUGGGCGAUGUCGGAAUUGUCGUUGGACAUACCGAAUUAAUAUAAAUCUUGCCAUCCAAUUUCAGAUGUGGCUAAAACUAAGUAUCUCUUAGCACGAGGGAGGAGGUGCUCCCUCACCCCUGAUACUGCUCCCAUCACUAGGUAAUGCACCAUUCCACAGAAAAAUGCAUUAUAACCUAAUAUCAAAUUAUGACAUUUUUUGAAAGGUCAAAUAUUUGUUAUACAGUCCACUACAAAAUAUUUCAAUUUCAUAUCAAAUAUUUAUUGGGCGAUGUAUAUGUUUCUUCAAUAUGAUCCCUUCCAGAAAAUGUACGAAACAGAUGUGUUACGAAAUUUAAAAAAAAUUGUGGUAAAGUUUACUAUAGCAUAAACACAGACUGGGAAUGAAGCGAACACCCUCAGGCUCUUAAAUUAUAAAUGUUUAUUGUACGAUAUCACAUUGUAAUCCAUAUUUUUAUAUAAAAAAAUCCCGCUGAGUAUCAUGCGCCCAUUCUUCUCAGGUCAGUCAAUUUUGAAUGGGUGGCAGUUUUUGACGUUCAAUAAGUGAUUUUGAAUCCUAUUUUGAAUAAAAAUAUUUGAAUUUCAAUGUAAUACUUAAGCUCACCAAAUAUACCAUACCGAGCACUCCCCAUGAUAUAUGUAUAAAGUAAAAUAAUAUAAUACAGUUAAAUUUAAAUAAAUUAAAAUACAAUAUAUACCGUCGAAGAUGCAUAGAAAAGUCAAGCCGAUUAGAGAUGACUUGAUCGUCGAUGAUUCAAGCCGCUCUUCGUUGUAUGCGGUCAAAUGGAAGAAGCUGGUACUAUGGAGCACCCGCCCAGAGGUGAGAACAGUACUCCAUGUGAGGCCGAAUUUUUGCCUUAUAGUGAAGUACUCUCUCGCCUUAUUAAUUACACCUAGCUCGAUAGAUUGACGCGGAGUAUGCCAAUAUAAGAAGUGGCAGUUAGAGGAGUGAUCUCAAAUCGAGGAUAUUCCCUCGAUAUAGUAAUAAUAAUAAUAUUUUUUAUUUGACACACAUGAAACGUUACAUUGCUACAGAAAUAAGAAAAAAAGAAAAAUUACAACUAAAACUAACCUAGAAGAUAUUUUACAUAAAAUAAAUAAAUUACUUUCCCAAGAUAUUACAUAGCAGUGUGUGUCAAAAGGGAUGCUACUCAGGUUACCUGUGACAAUUGGUCACAGCACUGAUUUUCAGUAGCUUGACGUCGCGGUGAGCGAUAAAUUAUUAGGCAAUUAUAAAUAUUUAUCCCAACAUAAUAUUAUAUAAUAAAUCAAAGGGAAAAGUUCAACGUAGUACUAUUAAUGCCUAUUAUUUUUGACCAACCAGAGCUGGCCAAUCUGACUCAUCAUUACGUAUUUUUUUAUUUUUAGUCGAAAGUUUGAAAUUGUACUAAGGUCACGCAUUGGUGGAGGCAGGUUGUUCCAACAUAAGGUCGCGCUAUAACGAAAGCUACCUUUGAAGGCAGCUGUAUAAUGUUAAGGCACGUCUAUUAUCUAGUGUGAUAGGACUUCUUAGUGUACAAACUUAUUUAUUUAUUUACUCAACCAAUAAAAUUUUGUCUUCCUUGGAUUGAACUGGACAAAAUUUUAUCAAUCCUAUUCCGUUAUUCGAAUUUUCGUUAACAAAAAUGACAUUUGUCUUGAUUAAAAUAGAUUUUCAUGUAAAUGUAAUUUACCUACCAUGCUUACAUUCAUGUGCAAAAUACCAUAAUUAUACAUUUAUUCACAAUGUUUUUCUAGAAUGUAAUUAUAAUAAAUAAUAUAGUUUCAAUGAA